AUGACCAAAGGCGUGCCACGCGCUGACCAUUUCCGCGCACGCAGAGUCAUGCAGAGGCCGGCCGUCUUAUUUUCUAAGCUCUUUAUUGGUAAUGAAUUCGUCGAAAGUCGUGCGGGGAAGACGUUCCCCGUGAUUGACCCAUCCACCGAGGCCGUUAUCUGUCAAGUGCAAGAAGCCAACGCCGAGGAUGUUGACACUGCUGUGCAAUCUGCCCGUAAAGCUUUCGCCCUGAACUCUCCAUGGCGCACUAUGGACGCGUCCCAGCGCGGCAGACUACUUUAUCAACUGUCUGAUGAAAUUGAGAAGAACAUCGACUAUCUGACGGUAGGAUCAUUAAAAAUUAAAGGCAUUUUUUGCUCGUAUCACUAG